AUGACUGAUGAUAACCAGUUGCCGGAGUUCCCAGAGGGAACUCCAGAUCAACAAACCGAGGGUGGGCCGUCUCGGGGCCGCGGACGAAGUAUACGAAGGACUGGAAUGCCAGAAGAGGAGCGCAGAGCUCGGCAACAGCGUAGACGUCAAUUCCGCGCCCGAUUUAGCUCUGCAAAUAAAGAUAAGCGUCAUGAAGAGACAGGAGAUGGAAAAGCCGAUAUUGGCGAUUCAAACACUACGCAGGCAGCAAUUGAACAAGAAAGUGCGGAAGAUCCAACGUCAAUAGAGGCCGAGGGUAUCCAGGAGCGGAAGCCUUGGGAAACACUAGUUAUCGGGACCUUGGGGGAGAAUUUGAGUUACAUCGAAGAAAAGAAUCGUGAGAUCGAGCGACAACAAUAUAUCGUAAGACACCACCAGAAACAUUCUCCGCACGAAGUUGCACAUAAUCAGAAAAUCCUCGAUGAGUUGAUACAAGAGCGAUCGGAAAUGAAGGACGAUGAAGAAAACAAUAUGCCCCAAGAUAAGCGAGAAGAGAAGAAGCGUAUCGGCGAACGACUGGACUCGCUGAACUGGGCCCUCGAUACUUGUCAAUGUGAAGAUGAGGAAGUCAACAUCCGAGCUGCCAUCCAAGGGUAUCAAUCUGGGGAGAUCCUAUAUUCGAACAAUUUUACACUCCUCUACGGUGGACAUAUCGUUGAUGUCUGCCCCUCAUACCAAUCCUUCUGCGUAGACAGGCAGGAGAGGUUAGACAGGUACUUUGCAAGAUACGGACCCGGAUGGCUCUGGCAAGAACCUCCGUUGGCUGGCCCCGGCUUCGAGGUCAUGGCAAAUAAGGCGCUGUGCCUCAAUCAAGAUGAGAGCAACUACUUUUUCGGGAGUUAUUUGGUGAAUAUGCGAUUCGCUGUUGAUAGGAAACAUGUAAUGAGAAAGACAGGUAGAGGCUUCGUUAGGGGUAUAUCAAUGUUGAAGAGUUCCGAGGUUUCGUGUUGCUUCGAGACACUCCUCGACAGCGGAGCAACUAUCCCCAACUUAUCCCUAGGGGAUCUUCGGCGUCUGGACAUCGACUUUAAGUAUUACGCCGCGCAAGGUGUCACGAAGAUCCGAACAGUAACUGAUACCCAAGAGCGGAGACUCGUCGAAAUGCGAGUCUCGGUGUGUUCAAAAGACGGCGCAUCACUCGUUGGAGAAGGCGAUCAGGCAGUAUGGCCUAGCGAAUCGAGGCAUGUUGGAGGCUUCGCUCCGGUCUGGAUUAAUGAAGGCGCAUCGGGUUCAAACUUCAAAGAGCGUCUAAGCGGUAUGAUACCGUUCGAAUCAUGCUACAUAGGGUCGGCACCGACUACGAAGGAGAUAUGGCUUGGGGAAGAUCGCAGAGACGUGUUAGGUGCAAGGCGCAUGCCGUCGCUCUUGCGGUAUGAUAACGAGAAGCAAGUCGGGUUGAAGUAUCCAGAACACUUCCAAAAAUUGCGGGCCGAAGCAAAGACGCCGGAUCAAGUGAUAUUCAUACAUAAGCUCGACCCGGCAAAAGGAAGAGGAUCGACGUUCAUCGACGCAGAUUGUCCAGGCGUUCGCGGGAAGAGCGAGUUAGCAACCCUGGAUAGAGAAUUCGACAAAGCUAGCCAGCGAGUAAUCAUGAAAGCACAAGAGAAGGUAGUUUUAGAGCCACGCGCAGGAGGGCGAUGGGAAGCUAGGAGAGAGAAUCCUGAAUGGCGACAGAGAUUCCUAACCAUUAGGGAUUUUUCGAAGCCGAGCUAUACUGGCAUUGGAGAGAAGCGGACAAUUAGACGUAAGUUUGGAUAUAGGUAG